AUGGAGCUCACAUUACAACAACUGAAACAGUACGAUGGCAGCGACCCAUCGAAGCCCAUUUAUAUAGCAGUGAAGGGUCGUAUAUUCGACAUGACUUCGGGCAAGUCAUUCUACGGCCCUGGAGGACCCUACAGCAUGUUUGCCGGCAAGGAUGCUAGCCGGGCCCUGGCCAAAAUGAGCAAAAACGAGGAAGACGUGAUUGCCUCGCUCGAUGGCCUCACAGACAAGGAAAUGGGUGUCCUUAAUGACUGGGAGACGAAAUUCGAGGCUAAGUAUCCCAUCGUUGGUACUGUUAGUAAUUAA